AAAAAACUUUGCUCAAGUAUAUAUAUAUAUAUAUAUAUGUGCUAAUUAACCAAAGAGUUUGAAUUAUCAAGCCGAUUCAUCAUAUAUACGGAAUAUAAAUAAAUAAAAGAAUAGAGAAGUCGUCGAAUGAUCGUUCGAUUGGUGGUUUAAAGAAAACUCAUUGGCGUUGAGGGAGACGGCGCCUCGACCAAGUACACGUCUUGUCGUCGUCUUGCUUCUUCCCGGCCGCUCUCCUUCAGAACUCUCGGAGGUUUCCGCAGUGAACAAGCAUAGUCCAUAAUUUGUCGAAAUCAUUAAAAUUGAGUCUCUGAAUACUAAGCCAGCUGAUUGGAGGGAUGGCGGCUUCAACACACUUGUGCGGACUUGCCUUGAACUCAAAAAGGAUUGAGUUUGGCUCAAAGGUGCUGGAUUUCUCAGCUCACGUGUCACCUGCUCUCGUGUUCUCGAGAAACACAAACCAGUCUUGUAGGAAGAGAGCUCUACGGGUUACAUGUGAAGCUGGAAGGGUGGAAUUGCUCGAGAGAAAAGACUCGUCGGAGACUUUCAAAUUAAACAGAAGUGAGAAAAAGAUGACAUGUGUGAUGAAAUUCGGUGGCUCGUCAGUGGCAUCAGCAGAAAGGAUGAAACAAGUUGCCAAGCUCAUACUCAGCUUCCCAGAUGAGAAGCCUGUCGUUGUGCUAUCAGCAAUGGCAAAAACCACCAAUAAGCUUUUGAUGGCUGGGGAGAAGGCUGUUUGCUGCGGCGUCACCAAUGUAGACACUAUUGAAGAGUUGAGCUGUAUAAAGGAACUCCACAUAAGGACUGCUCAUGAGCUUGGAGUGGGAACAGCAGUUAUUGCAAAACAUCUAGAAGGCCUCGAACAGCUUCUCAAAGGCAUUGCAAUGAUGAAAGAAUUAACUUUACGCACCAGAGACUACUUGGUUUCAUUUGGAGAGUGCAUGUCCACAAGGCUAUUUGCUGCGUAUCUAAACAAGAUUGGCCACAAAGCACGCCAGUAUGAUGCAUUUGAGAUCGGGAUCAUCACCACAGAUGACUUCACUAAUGCUGAUAUUCUUGAGGCAACAUACCCAGCAGUCUCAAAGAGGUUACUUGGUGACUGGAGCAAGGAAAAUGCAAUCCCCGUUGUCACAGGCUUUCUUGGAAAGGGAUGGAGAUCUUGUGCUGUUACUACGUUGGGUAGAGGAGGUAGCGAUUUGACUGCAACAACAAUUGGGAAAGCUCUAGGUCUGCGGGAGGUCCAGGUCUGGAAAGAUGUGGAUGGAGUCUUGACGUGCGAUCCAAACAUAUACGGCGGAGCUCAGCCCGUUCCACACUUGACAUUUGAUGAGGCAGCUGAACUUGCUUACUUUGGUGCCCAGGUCUUGCAUCCACUUUCCAUGCGGCCAGCUAGAGAAGGGAACAUUCCUGUAAGGGUUAAGAACUCUUACAAUCCCACUGCUCCAGGAACUGUCAUCACUAGGUCAAGAGACAUGAGCAAGGCUGUACUGACCAGCAUCGUUCUGAAACGUAAUGUUACCAUGUUGGACAUCACUAGCACCCGUAUGCUCGGCCAAUAUGGCUUCCUUGCCAAGGUAUUCUCCACAUUUGAAAAGCUGGGAAUAUCUGUGGAUGUUGUUGCGACCAGUGAAGAGCUUGAUGACGUGGUAGAGGAACUUGAGAAGAUUGCUGUUGUUAAUCUGCUUCGACACAGAUCAAUCAUCUCUCUCAUCGGAAAUGUUCAGAAGUCAUCCUUCAUAUUAGAAAAGGGCUUCCGAGUUCUUCGAACCAAUGGAAUUAAUGUCCAGAUGAUCUCCCAGGGUGCAUCUAAGGUAAACAUCUCGCUGAUAGUGAAUGAUGAUGAGGCAGAGCAUUGUGUGAAGGCUCUCCAUUCGGCUUUCUUCGAGACAGGACGCGCCUAACUACAUUGCUGCCUCCUCGUGGAACCUCUAGGUGCGACCGAUGAGUAGCUUCAAGUUAUAAUGAUUGUAUUGAGAAUGGUAUUAGGAAAUAAAACUCUCAUUCUUGUUGUGUAAUAUAAUGUAAUUUCAUGGGAGCUGUACUGGAAAAUGAAUAAGUUGUUUCCUAUUGAAGAAAAAUGAUUGAAAUGAGCCCUUUGUCCCCACCAUAACCAC